GUGAGAGAAGUCGGUCGCAUCUUCUUUCUCGUGCGUAAAAGCUCUCCAGUGCGCGCAAUCCUGUCCAGUAUAGGGAAAACUACUUGUGCUCUUCACCAACGGGUUUCAAGACAUUAUCCGUACCCCUUUUUGAUUUAUCACCGAGGAUAAGUUGUUAAUUUAUUGCUCAACAUGUCAGUGAAGGUAGCGCUAGACUCGGGAGGCGUCUAGUUGAUGGAGUUUAUAAGCGCUUAAGUGGACUCCGAGGACUUCUCUUUUCACUUCUCCGAUGAUGGACGGCGAACAAGCGCAGGGGACCGAUUCGAUACCCGACUGUGCCGCUUUUGCCAAUACAUGAAUGACAAAUCUUACCUUGUCUGAGCUGACGGAUUCUCGGAGUUUGGCGCGCGGCAGGAGAAGUGCGAUGGGGAGCAAAACUGUACCGAGAAAGCAUCACUCCAAACCCGCGUGCCACAAGGUGUACCUGUGUAGUAUCUUGCUGCUGCUCAUUUUUACGCCUAGAGUGGAUUCGUCGUGGUGGUACAUUGGUGCUCUGGGGGCGAGAGUGAUCUGCUCCCACAUCCCCGGUCUGGUUAACAAACAGCGCCAGCUCUGCCAGAGACACCCAGACCUGAUGCAGUCCAUCGGGGAGGGCGCCAAAGAGUGGAUCAAAGAGUGUCAACACCAGUUCAGACACCAUCGCUGGAACUGUAGCACUCUCGACCGUGACCACAGCCUCUUUGGACGCGUUAUGCAUCGAAGCAGCAGAGAGGCGGCGUUCGUGUAUGCCAUCUCUUCGGCCGGGGUGGUGUAUGCCAUAACCAGGGCGUGCGGUCAGGGCGAGCUGAAAAUGUGCGGCUGUGACGAGAGGAGAGGCCAGGGCACAGACCACCGGGGCACCUUCGACUGGGGCGGCUGCAGCGAUAACAUCCACUAUGGCAUACGCUUCGCCAAGGCCUUCAUCGACGCCCAGGAGAGGAGUGUGAGAGAUGCCCGGGCGCUCAUGAACCUGCAUAACAAUCGCUGUGGCCGAAUGGCAGUGAAGCGCUUCAUGAAGCCCGAGUGUAAGUGUCACGGGGUGAGUGGCUCCUGCUCCCUCCGGACCUGCUGGAUGGCCAUGGCGGACUUCAGGCAGACGGGGGACUACCUUUUUAAGAAAUACAACUCUGCCGUGGAGGUCAUCAUGAACCAGGACGGGACGGGCUUCAGAGUGGCCGACAGAGACUACAGGGGCAAUACCAAGAACGAGCUGGUCUAUGUGGAAAACUCCCCCGACUACUGCCUCAUGGACCGGGCAGCAGGCUCCCUGGGCACGGCUGGCAGAGUGUGUAACAAGUCUUCGCGGGGGUCGGACGGCUGUGAGGUCAUGUGUUGUGGGCGGGGCUACGACACCAUGCCCGUCAAACGCGUGACCAAGUGUGAAUGCAAAUUCAAAUGGUGCUGCGCCGUGGAGUGUAGGGACUGUGAGGACGAGGUGGACAUUCACACGUGUAAACCGCACAAGAGGCCCUACUGAAGGAACCUGGUACUGAUGCACUCUGGGAAAUAUAGUUCCUCUUUCAGAACUGGGUUUUGGACAGCUGCUCUAAAGUAAAGGACUCCACUGAGAAGCCACAUUGAAAGACUGUAAAAGGACGCGAAACUGGAGACUAGACCUAUAGUUUCUGAUCUAUGCUGCUUUAUUGAGAGUUUAAAUGUGGAUGUGUAAAUGUUACGAGAUGUUGAUUGCUGGUUCGGAAAAUUGUAAGCACAUAGCGUGUUGAAUUACACAUUAUUAUACCUUAUUAUAGCCUACACAUUGUAGUGGGUAAACAAGAAAAGAUGUAAAAAUGAAAAUAAUAUAAUAACCAGGCAAUAUUUGUCACUGUAAAUUUUGUGUAAAAUAAAACACAUUUUGUCCUAUUGUCACAGAAACAUUUCAACAGAUUUUUGUCACACUGCAUCAAAUUAUCAUUUUGAGUACCAAAGAUGUGAUAAUAAGGUACACUGUUACCAGUAUAUUAGUAAAUUAGCAGUUUCAAAACAAUGUGAGAAGCCCAUGUCACUUCAGAGUACCUGACUUUUGCUAUUACAUCAGUUUGCCGUGACCUGAAGUUAUUCCUGUUUUACCUUAAAUUCUGAACAUCCUAAUUAUUCACUGUGAUGUGCUUUUCAGAGUUUAGUGUGGCAGUAAAGCUAAUGAUACCAAGCACGUGAAAGCACACUUCUUAAUUACCAGACAAUAAAACACUUCGAAUUAGAUGCAGAGAGAAUGCAGCUGACUUAUUUUGACCUAUUUUGCUCAAAAACAAUAUCGGGCACAGGGUCUUUCACUGAAUCCUUCAACAAAACCAGAUUCUGUAUUCAGAUAUGAAGAGCGCUUCACAUCCUCCUCACUACACCAGAGCGGUAGGCUACAUCAGCCUUUUUGCUGCAGAUUAUUUUACCAUGUCUAAGUUACAUUAUUACAAUUCUUUUUUUUACAGUUCUUUUUUUUUUUGGUUAAAUUUCUGCCCUCUAACCACAAAAUGCAAACCCACAAACUGUCACAGCUCAGUAUCAAACAUGUCAAAUAUCAUUGUGUUUACAGUAAAAUAAUAAAUAGUGUAAUCUGCACAUCUAAGCCCAAAGAGAACACAGAGUCCUCUUUGGGGAGAACUGUCCAAGACUUUACACAAACAUCAGUGCAGUAACCAUAGCCCACGUCCCUCACAGGGGCUUCCACCUUUAACUGAAUCUGACAAGCGGCCGCACACAACACACAUACUUCCAUAUGGACGUAAUGACCAGCGGAGCCAAGAAACUGGGAUCUGAACAAACGCUACGACACAAUGUCAAAUGUGCACAGGUCAGAGGCUAAUUGCAAAUUGUUGCAUUUUUGCUUUAAAUGUAAAUGGAGAAUCUGUUGGCUGUAUUUUUGUAAAAGAUUAGAAAGGUGAGGGGUUAGAAAGUGGGAGAGGGCUGUGGUUCCUGGUGCAUUGACUCUGGAGUUUUGGGGAAAAGAC